AUGGAUUUAGAAGUCCCUGAUGCUUUGUUUAAGAUUUUAAUUAUUGGAGAUUCCGGAGUGGGAAAGUCUUGCUUUUUAUUGCAAUUUACUGAAGGGAACUUUACUAAAGAUCACAGCGUCACUAUUGGUGUGGAAUUCAGCGCUAAAAUAAUAAGGCUUGGCGAUAAAAAAAUAAAAUUACAAAUUUGGGAUACUGCAGGACAAGAAUCUUUUAGGUCAAUAACGCGGAGUUUUUACCGAAAUGCAAAUGGUGUCGUUCUAAUGUAUGAUUUGACUCAUAAAGAAAGUUUUAUUAACUUAUAUGAGUGGUUGAGAGAAAUCAAGCAAAACUCUGACCCUGACAUAACAAUUUACUGUGUAGGUAAUAUGAUUGAUUUAGCUGAUGAGGAAAGAGAGGUCUCUCCAGAAGAAUUGGACAAAUUUGUCAAUUAAAUAAAAUUGAGGGGUUUAAAAUCUUCCAGAUUUGAUGCCUCCGUGGGCUUGCAACAAACCUACUUGCCGAGGAAUUCAGUCAGCUGAAUCCUAUCUCAACAGCAGUCUACUUAUGGAAUCUGGGGCUUGCAUUGAUAUAUCUGAUUCUCGCGGAUUAGGGAGAUUUAUCUCUCCUCUUCAUUUGGGUUCAUUGAGGCAAAGGUUAGUCUGAUACCUCUUGUCGGCCUCCUUGAGGAGAGAUGGAACCAGUAAAUAAAACCCCCAGCCCUUCGGAACCUGCAGGGAAAGAACCCUGGCCCAAAAAAUCUGAUAACUAAUAUCUAGACUGGGGUCACCACCAACUGACUCCCAAGGUUUGCCCACCCCAUAGGGCGACUCUAGACAAAGCUAAGGGCUAGAAUUAAAGGGUCUUAACCCUUAGUUUAGACUAUAAAGUAACUUUGGUGCCCAAAGAGGUGCGCCCGCGGCAAAGACAUAUUUUUGUGCUAAAUAUAAAUUUGUCAGAGAAAACAGAUUGGAUGGAGGAACUGAAGCUUCAGCUAAAACUGCGCAAAAUGUUGACGAGGUAAGUGAGCUAUUUAGGGUUUUUCUUAA